AUGGUGUCAUUUGUGAACGGAUCCAAGACUGUUUCGAAACGGAGACGCACCAUUUGCGCAUCUCCUUCAAAAGAAGCGCUCACAGCGGUCCAUCAGAGGCAGCCUGCCCGGCACAGGAAGCAGACACUCAUGUCCAAGUUGAGUGACUCCGGGUUCGAGGAAGAUUUAGGGUCCUCCCCGAUUUCAUCCCCGGCUCGGAUAGAUGUGUCUCCUCUGCGUUCAGACGAGCCUACUUCGGGUCGGCUGUCUAACUGGUACCUGCAGUACGGGGACAUCGGUUUCAAGAUUCAGAUGGACAAAGAGGCGCGGUUUUAUUCCUGCAAAAGCUUGGCACGCCAGCCACAAUUGACUACAGAAGCACGCUGUAAGCUUGUCAGCUGGCUCAUCCCCGUACACAAACAUCUCCAUCUGUCCUUUGAGUGCUGCUGCCUGGCGGUGAACAUCAUGGACAGGUUCAUGGUUACCACACCAGUGGCUGCUGACUGCUUCCAGCUACUGGGUGUCACUGCACUCCUCCUAGCAAGCAAACAGGUAGAGGUGUUCUCACCGCGGAUCAGCCAUCUCUUGUCAAUGUGCUGUGACGCCUUCACUAAGGAGCAGCUAUGCAACCUGGAGUGUCUCAUCCUCCUCCGCCUCAACUUCCGCCUCUUUGCACCUACACUGGCCUUCUUCCUAGACUAUUACACCAACUGCAUUGAGGAUGCCCAGCUUGAGUCUGAGAAGACAGGUGGUGACAGAUUUGAAAGAACAAAUACAGACACAAAGAGAUCCGGGCAGUGCAGCAGCCUAGCACAAAAGGUGUGCGAGUUAAGCCUUGCAGACUAUGCUUUCAACAAAUAUCCACCAUCUUUGACUGCUAGCUGUGCACUGAGGAUAGCCAGUGAGUUAUUGACAACAGAACAAGGGUUUAUUGAGCAUGCAGCCAUCCAGCUACAGGACAAGUGGGGCUGUUUUGUUGAUGAACUAUGUACCCAACCAUCUGACAGCCCUGAGAGUGAGGCAGACUCUCUGGCAGUAAAGGGCCACUUCUUGUAUGUGAGUCAGGGGAAGCACACUCUAGUCCAGGAAUGCAAAGAGAACCUGUUGCUGUUGGUCUCAUUAAACCAGGAGACAAUGGAAAUGAUGUCUGCCAUGUGACAAGUGUGCCACCAGUCAAAUGUUACCAAAAUCACUUAUUCCCCUCCUCAUUGGGAUUUAUAUUCUCCGGGCGGGUUGUAUGAAGGUUACUGUAAGUUAAAAAGUGAAGUCUGAUGUUUAUACAAUAAAAUCCUCAUGUUUACCUCAUUAUGUUGAUCUGAAGGAAUGUUAAUGCAGCAUAAUAGUUAGAUUUAUUUGACUGAUGCGGGUUAUGUUUACCAAUAAAGUAUAUUAUUAUAUUCUGUUCAUUUUUAUUCUAUCAGUCACCGUUUACUGUGUAUGCUCUGGCUUUUUGCUAUUUAAGUAGAUAUGUUACUGUUGCAACAUGAAGGAUAUGGA